AUGGCUCUGCCGGCCGUGGAUACCUUGGCUCGCGCUGGCAAUGAGUUCCUGCCCUUCUUAUGGCUCCACAUUGUCUUGCUCAUCCAUUCCGCAGUCGUCAAGACUCCGAAGACCCAGCCCUUCCAUGCUGUGCUGAUGGCCAUGCGCUGUGUGACCGUGGUGAUCAUGAUCAUGGCCGUGGCAACGUUCGUUGCAGGCUUGCUGCACCCGCCGCCACCUCCAGGAGACCGGCGCCCUCUCAGGGCGCCCUGGCGCUGGGCCCGAAAGAGAGACAGCCCCGAGCUUCACGACCUGCUGUACCCUUGGUGA